AUGUCCCCCAGCAUGAUUCCGGACGAUGAGCUUAGAGAAGGUAGCGUUGAUGUCCUGACCGCCGACGUGCCGCACCUAAACGGCUCCCGCGGCCCCUCGACCAGCGAUGUCCUGGUCGUCGGCGCCGGUCCCGCCGGCCUCAUGCUUGCCGACAACCUCGCCCGUUUCGGCAUCAAGGUCGACAUCAUCGACAACAGGCCGGACCGCACCCUGACCGGCAGGGCGGACGGCCUGCAGCCCAAGUCAAUCGAGACCCUGCGUCAGAUGAGACUCGCCGAUUCUCUGCUGCGCAAGGGCGUCAAAGUGUUUGACAUCUGCUUCUGGCGGGCUGCCGUCGGCGAAGAAAUGCACAGAGCGGGCCGGGAGGUGCAUUAUCCUCGCGAGGCCGUUGAUCUCUUGGACCCGUACAUCCUCCUCGUCCACCAGGGCAUGAUUGAGCAACUCUUCAUCGACGACAUGCAAGAGCGCGGCAUCGCCGUGCGGAGAAACACGGCCUUCGCCGACUUUGCCUACACUGGUAAGGCUGCCCCCGUCGAGGUUACGUGCAUGGCUGGGGUCCAGCAACAAAAGAGCAAGAUGACCACCAGCUACGUCGUUGGGUGCGACGGCGCGCACUCGCAUGUGCGCAAGGCCAUCGCCGGAGCCCAGCCGGUGGGCGCUUCGUCCGACGCUAUUUGGGGCGUCCUGGACGGCCAGAUCGAGACGAACUUUCCAGACUUGUGGUCCAAGGCCGUCAUCUAUUCCGAGGAGGCCGGGUCGGUCCUGAUCAUCCCCCGCGAGCGGAAUCUGACCAGGCUCUACAUCGAGCUCAAGCCCGAGUCCAGAGGAAGCGCGUCCAAGGACGAGCUUACGCAAGAAUUCGUCAUGCAGAGGGCACAGGAGAUUAUGGACCCAUUCCACCUGAAGUGGAAGACGGUCGAAUGGUUUGGAAGAUACCAAGUCGGACAGAGGGUUGCAACGAAAUUCACCGACGAAAAGGGUCGGGUGUUCAUCUGUGGAGACGCCAGCCAUACGCACUCUCCAAAGGCCGCACAGGGCAUGAACACUUCGAUGCACGACGGGUGGAACCUCGCAUGGAAGCUCAACCUGGCUGUGCGCAAGCUGGCAAAGUCCGAGCUGCUGGCGACGUAUGAAGAUGAACGGCGCAAGAUCGCGCAAGACCUGAUCAACUUCGACUACGAGCACGCCAACGCCUUCGCCGCAGGCAACUCGGACGCACUGGCGCAAAACUUUAUGCAAAACGUCCGGUUCAUCUCGGGCAUGGGGGUCGAGUACAGCAGCAACGCGCUCAACAUGCCGACCAAGGCCAUGGGCACCGGCGACCUGCGGCCGGGCUGCCUGCUGACCCCGGCCAAGGUGACGCGGUACGUGGACGCGAACCCGGUCGACAUCCAGCUGGACAUCCCGACGCUGGGCCAGUUCCGCGUCUACCUGUUCUGCAGCGACCCGCUGGCGAGCCGCGGCUUCCUGGACACGGUGUGCAAGCAGGCCAACAACGCGGGCCAGUCGUUCAUGGGCCGCAUGAGCGCCGCCGCCAACGCGUCGUACACGCUGCAGCCGCCCGUCGCCGCCCCGCACGACGAGUUCGUCUGCCCGGAGCGCUACACGGCCGUCUCCUGCCUCUUCACCUGGGCCCUCGUCGUCGCCGGCGGCACCCCCAAGUCGGCGUUUGAGAUCCAGGACCUGCCGCACGCCCUGCGCGACUCGGCCUGGACCGUCUACCUCGACGACAUCCCCCACACCGACACCCGCGGCCAGACGUGCGUCGACAAGUGGCUCGGCGGCCUGCACGGCGCCGAGACGGCCGUCGUCAUCGUGCGCCCCGACGGAUACGUCGGCACCUUGCGCGUCUGGCCCGAGGGCAGCAAGGACUGCGGCCAGGAGGCGAUGAGGUGGAUGGAUGAGUACUUUGAUGGCUUCUUGACGGAUGAUGUUGGAGCCCCGAAUUACUGA